AUGGCGAUGGUGGCGAGCAGGGAGAGGAGGCUCUCCCCGGGUGCCGCCGCCGCGCCCCAGGUGGACGCGGGCAAGUACGUGCGGUACACGCAGGAGCAGGUGGAGGCGCUGGAGCGCGUCUACAGCGAGUGCCCCAAGCCCAGCUCGCUGCGCCGGCAUCAGCUCAUCCGGGACUGCCCCAUCCUCAGCAACAUCGAGCCCAAGCAGAUCAAGGUCUGGUUCCAGAACCGCAGAUGCCGGGAGAAGCAGCGCAAGGAGUCCUCUCGUCUACAAACCGUGAACCGGAAGAUGAGUGCGAUGAAUAAGCUGUUGAUGGAGGAGAAUGACCGGCUGCAGAAGCAGGUGUCCCGUCUCGUCUUUGACAACGGGUAUAUGAAGAAUCGACUCCACAGUCCUUCUGUAGCCACCACCGACACAAGCUGUGAGUCUGUGGUGACAAGUGGUCAGCACAACCAACAGCAAAACCCAGCAGUUCUGCAUCCUCCACAAAGGGAUGCGAACAACCCAGCAGGUCUACUCGCUAUUGCUGAGGAGACAUUGGCAGAGUUCAUGUCCAAGGCGACUGGAACUGCUGUCAACUGGGUGCAGAUGGUUGGGAUGAAGCCUGGUCCGGAUUCCGUUGGAAUCAUCGCUGUUUCGCACAACUGCAGUGGCGUAGCAGCACGAGCUUGCGGCCUUGUGAGCCUUGAGCCCACAAAGGUUGCUGAGAUCCUUAAGGAUCGCGCGUCGUGGUAUCGCGAUUGUCGGCAUGUUGAUAUCCUCCAUGUUAUCCCUACGGGUAAUGGUGGAACGAUUGAGCUGAUCUAUAUGCAGACUUAUGCACUGACAACUCUGGCGGAACCGCGUGACUUUUGGACUCUCCGAUACACUAGUGGUCUUGAUGAUGGUAGUCUUGUGAUCUGCGAAAGGUCAUUGACUCAGUCCACUGGAGGCCCUUCUGGACCUAACACUCCAAAUUUUAUCAGAGCUGAGGUGCUUCCUAGUGGUUAUCUGAUUCGACCUUGUGAUGGGGGAGGUUCCAUGAUUUACAUUGUGGAUCAUGUUGAUCUGAAUGCUUCUAGUGUGCCCGAGGUUCUUCGACCACUCUAUGAAUGUCCUAAGAUACUGGCACAGAAGAUGACUGCUGCGGCGUUGCGACACAUUAGGCAAAUUGCACAUGAAUCAAGUGGUGAAAUGCCGUAUUGUGUUGGUCGACAGCCGGCUGUUCUCAGAACUUUCAGUCAAAGGCUCAGCAGAGGCUUGAAUGAUGCUGUGAGUGGCUUUCCAGACGAUGGCUGGUCUCCUUUGUUGAGCAGUGAUGGUGCUGAGGAUAUUACAAUUACAAUCAACUCAUCUCCAAACAAACUUAUUGGAUCUCAUGUCAGCCCUUCCCCAUUCUUUUCUGCUAUGGGGGGUGGCAUCAUGUGCGCAAAAGCAUCAAUGCUACUGCAGAAUGUGCCACCUGCUAUACUUGUGCGAUUUUUGAGGGAGCAUCGCUCUGAAUGGGCUGAUCCUGGUGUUGAUGCUUAUUCUGCUGCCUCUUUGAGGGCCAACCCAUAUGGUGUUCCAGGUUUAAGGGCUGGUGGGUUUAUGGGCAACCAGGUUAUACUACCCCUUGCACGCACCUUGGAGCAUGAAGAGUGCUUGGAGGUUAUUAGGCUUGAAGGACAUGGCUUUAGCCAUGAGGAGGUUCUUAUGUCUCGGGAUAUGUUUCUUCUGCAGUUGUGCAGCGGUGUUGAUGAGAAUGCACCCGGUGCCUGUGCACAGCUUGUCUUUGCUCCUAUUGAUGAAUCUUUUGCUGAUGAUGCACCGUUGCUACCCUCAGGCUUCCGCGUGAUACCGCUUGACGCUAAGACGGAUGUGCCAUCUGCCACACGCACACUUGACCUUGCUUCUGCACUGGAGGUUGGAUCAGGUGGAGGUCUGCAUGCUUUAAGCGAUGGUUCAGGCACGUCCACCACGAGAUCGGUCCUGACCAUCGCCUUCCAGUUCUCGUUCGAGAAUCACCUUCGCGAUAGUGUGGCAGCAAUGGCCAGGCAGUAUGUCAGGGGUGUGAUGGCGUCUGUGCAGAGGGUGGCCAUGGCGAUUGCUCCUUCUCGCCUUGGCUCGCAUAUCGAACUGAAGCAUCCACCGGGCUCUCCUGAGGCACUUGCACUAGCUACGUGGAUUGGCAGGAGCUACAGGGCGCAUACUGGAGUGGAGAUCCGCUGGUCAGACACUGAAGGCGCGGACUCUCCCCUGAUGCCUUUCUGGAAGCACAGCGACGCAAUACUCUGCUGCUCUCUGAAGCCGGCUUUCACGCUCAAGUUCGCCAACAGUGCCGGCUUCGACAUCCUGGAGACGACGGUGGUGAACAUCCAGGACCUGCCGCUGGAGGCCGUCCUCGACGACGAGGGCCAGAAGGCCCUGUUCGCACAGCUCCCCAAGAUCAUGCAGCAGGGCCUGGCGUACCUUCCCGGCGGCGUGUGCAGGUCGAGCAUGGGGCGGCAGGCGUCGUACGAGCAGGUGGUGGCGUGGAAGGUGGUGGGUGACGACGGCGUCCCGCAGUGCCUCGCGCUCAUGCUCGUCAACUGGACCUUCAUCUGA